AUGCAUGGUCCUAUAUGUGACCCUGUGGUAGUGUCGAUGAAAAACUGUGGCCCCUCCAGCAUUUAAGUUGCCAAUCCUUGAUCUAAUGAAAUGCUAAUAAGCGAGCACUAAAUCGGUCUUGCAAUACCGCGUGUGUCCUCUGGUGGCGGUACUGAGUCGCAGUGGUGUUCAGUCUGCCUUCAGAGAGGAAGAAGAAAAGAACGCAGCUGUAUCCUUAGCAACAGUUAACAGCUUUAUUUUAUGCUUCAAGCUAAAAUUGACACUCAAACUGAGAUAUUAAGUUACGAGACUGUGAUUUUAUUCCUUAACUCCCGCUGGUGAUGUAGAAGUGUACUCUGGGUGAUUUCAGUACACCGACAUUACCUGUAUGUGGGUGUGGUUACAGGUGCAACACAUCUUACAGGCUGGUAAGAGGAGCAACUUAAAAAUUUUAACCACAAAGGACGGUGAAACAUUGUCUUAAGCCUGUUAUUUAUGGAGGAAAUUGACUUCAAGAAGACAAACAACAUGACUGGGGUCAAAGAGAGAAGAAACGGAGGAAGGCAGCCUCUCAUUAAGCGUGGGACCGGAGCAGGAACCCUCUCUGCCACUCCAACAUCUGCCAGGCAAGGUCCGGUCCCGCUCUCCUGCAGACCCUGGCAGUAGCUCUCCACUAUGUUGGCAACGAUGCGGUUGGGCCUGUAGCUUUGCCCGGGGUACACCUUCCUGCACUGAGGACAGGAGCCUGAGCCUCCCUGAAUGGGGCCCCUGGGGCCGGUCCAGUACCCCUCAAUGCAGCCCUGGCAGAAGGUGUGAUCACAGGGCAAAGACACGGGCUGCUUGAACAGGUCCAAGCAAAUGGAGCAGUGUACAGCUGGACCUCCACGUCCUUCCUCUCCUGCAGAGUGUGGCUGCUCUCUUUGGCCUCCAGUCUUCCUGUUGAUUGUGGGGAAAUGAAGUGGGUGGUGCAGAAGCAGCCACAGCCUCUCAAGUCCUCAGCAGAUAGUGGGGGGAUCUCAAUGGGCCACCCUUUUCCCUCCAGACUGACGUCACAUCUUAUUCAGGAAACUGAGGCGGACCGUGGAUAUUCUAUCCUUGGCUUGUUUGUUUAGUGACGUCUAGCCAAUCACUUCAGGGUCGUCUGAGGAGCGCAAGCAGAGGAGGAUUGCAGCAAUUUAUUCUGCAAAACAGCAACACACAUCCAGACGCAAUGCAGGCGGAUGAGAAGGCAGUGGAUGGCGGCCUGCUGCCGGAUGCCAACGGGAAAGAUCCAAACCCGGAAAGACAGACUGACGGCUCCAAGUGGCAGAAACCACGACUCACACGUAAAUCUCUCAUGAAGUGUUGUCUCGUCAAGUGGAUCAUCGCCAGUACCACGCAGCAAGGCCCAGAUGACAUCUGUGACGGCGACCUUGAACUCUCAAUGGUGCGUCACCAACCUGAGGGCCUCGAUCAGCUCCAAGCCCAGACAAAGUUUACCAGGAAGGAGCUUCAGUCGCUCUACAGAGGCUUCAAAAAUGAAUGUCCCAGUGGGCUCGUGGAUGAGGAAACUUUCAAGACCAUUUACUCACAGUUCUUCCCUCAAGGAGAUGCAACCACGUAUGCACAUUUCUUGUUCAACGCAUUUGACAUGGACAGAAAUGGCUCCAUCCGGUUUGAGGACUUUGUGAUAGGAUUGUCUGUGUUGCUUCGAGGCUCCGUUACAGAGAAACUAAGAUGGGCUUUCAACCUGUAUGACAUCAACAAAGACGGAUAUGUUACAAAAGAGGAAAUGAUGGCAAUAAUGACAUCCAUUUAUGACAUGAUGGGCAGGUAUACCUUACCCAGUGUACGAGAAGAUUCCCCCUCUGAGCAUGUGGAGAAAUUCUUCCAGAAAAUGGAUCGGAACAGAGAUGGAGUGGUGACGAUUGAUGAAUUCAUAGAAACCUGCCAAAAGGAUGAAAAUAUAAUGGCUUCCAUGCAGCUCUUUGAGAACGUCAUCUAGUUCCUGUAAGCUCAUGGAUCGGUAAUGUUGCAUAGUGCUUCCAGCCCCGAGCCUCUGGGCCUGAAAUAACUUCAUUCAUUCUGAAAAGAGAAAAACUAGGUUGUGCAACACUUUUGACACAUUUUAAUACAAAGUGGAAGAAACUAUUCUGUUUCAUGACAAACUGUUCUAUGCAGAGAAAAGUGCAGAAUUCACCAAAUCACAUGGAGAAUAAAUAUUUUAUUGCAUGACAGUUUUGUUUUUGCACCUAAAGGAGAUGUGAAAAAAUGUCCUCAUUACCAGACGAGCAUGAGUGCUUGCAAACCACAUUGAACAUAAACAAGGAGCUUCGAUGUGACCACCUUGUUAUUGUAUUAUACUGUAAAGAAAAUAAUGAUGUUUCUAAGUUCUUCAGAUUUUUGUGUAAACGUGAUACCCCGUCAUUGUCAUGCUGACCCAGAACCUGCUGAAAUAAAUAUACACCUUCACAUACUGAUAACUCAAUCGAAUAUCUUCUUUUUUUAUAUCUCUAAUUUCCUCGCCAAGAUAAAUAGUAAGUCUUAAAUUAAAUUAAGAAUUUUAUGGACCUACAAAUGAUCUAAAUGUGCUAAAUUCUUUCUACAUAAAGUUUUUAUCUUGUUGAAAACACACAAGGCUGGGAUUUAUGAAAGCAAGAUGUUCAGAUGGUUACAGUGCAUUACAUUGAAGUUAUGUAACUAUCCAGCUGAAAAAAAUCAAACAAAGUUCUAUGCAACUUAUAUCUAAAUUUAGUUACAUGGAAAAUUCAAUGUGUUAAAUGAUUGUAUGAAAAAUACUGAACAAACCGAUGAUUGUCCAAAGAGUGCCCUAGAUCGUGCUAAUCUUCUAUACCCAUAACACAAAGCAAAAAUUCAUAGUUCUUUAAUUUGGCCUGAAGGAAUUUCCCCCCAAUUUGUAGCAUUGUGACCAGUCUGGUUUCUCUGAACAAUCAUCUCUUUUGUUCUGCAUCUUCUGGGAUGUCUAACUUCUCUGUAGCAUCAUAGUCUCAACAUUUCAUGCAAAAAGGUCCAAAUUCUUGAAGCAAGCCAUCAUUGGCUGUUGUGCUUGUUUGCAGUAAUCUGUUUUUGUCCUGCAUGAUGGGGUUUUCCAUUUAUCACUUGAUAAAUAUACACUUGUCCCUCUGGACCAGACAUCUUUGACACAUUGAUGCCCAGAGUAGCAUUAUAAAUGCUGUAAACAAAUGUUGAAAUAUUUUUUGUUUGUUCGUUUAUUUUUAUCAAAGAAUCAAUGGUACGAAGACUGACAAAAUAUAAAUAUCAGAAUAUAGGUUUCUGGUUGUAAUUGUAAUAUUAUGAUUAAAAUAGACGUAAAAAGCAACAGUACAAAUUAAUUAUAAAAAGAAGAAUAUUCUCCUGUUAAAUUUCCUGUAAUAAUAACUCUAGCUUAUUGUGCUACAGGCCAUCCUUCCAGCUAAAGGGCCAACUGGUUAAUUCAUCAGGCACAGAUUAAAAUUAAGGAGACAAACCAUCAAUUUCUCCAGUCACUGCUGAGCAUUAGAUUCAUGAAGGCAUAAACAGCUUUUAAUAAUUAUAAGGAAGUAGGCAGACAAACAUACAGACCUGUGAGUGAAAAUAACCAGACAGUAAUAUGUUUGUUUUUGCACCAGCCUUUGCAUUUGUGUUGCAACUGUAUGUGAAAUGCUGUCACCAGCCAAAAUCAUUCAACCUGUACUGUAUUAUUGAUCUGGAACCAAUGGCAGAGCAGGGUUUGUUUUGGGGAGGAGCUGUGUUGAGUGGAUGUUUGUAUAGAAAUAAUACUGAUAACAAAAUGCUGCUGCUCUUGUUGUGGUUUGACAAAGGACUGCUGCUCCAGCAUCACAACCUCUGGGUGUGACCAAUCACAAAGGUAAAAGAAAUAAGAAUUAAUAUUCUUUAUUAUUAUAUGAAUUGAAAGUGGAUGAUAUCAGAACAUUUUAUUUGUGUGAUUUAAGAGUUAUAAAUAUGUUUUUUCCAGGUGCGUUGCAAUAAUACAGUUGCAUAUUCACACCUUUUGAUAAUUAAACAUUAAUAUGUUCUGUAAUUUACACUGCUUGUCAGAGUCAGGGGGAAAAAAACAUUAUAGAUGGGAGAAAUAUGCAUUACUCAGAUAAUGGCCAGCUAAUCCCACUGUUGACAGAGAAUGUGGAUAGUUCUGGAUGUCUGCUGUGUUUGUGCUGCUGAGCAUGUGACUUAGGAUGUGCAGUGAGCUCAAUCAAAAGCUUUAAUGCCAGUUUGAACGACAGCCAACAGACUUUACAAAACACUCUUUGUCUCUCACAUAAAAGAAUAAGUAUACCAUGCAGAAAUACAAACAUAGAUCAUUUUAGUUUUAUCACUCUCAGGUUAUUUACCC